CCCGGGCCCUAAUUCCCUGACCCCCGUUUACAUUUCCCCAACCCUAAAUCAUAUCACUUCUCUCCCGGCACUUCCCAUCUUUAAUUUCCGGUUCUCCACCAUAGCCCAUUCCCGAACCCCCUUCCCCAAGAAUUCUGUAGUGAUUCAGUCAUCCCGCAGUACUAAACGGAGAGUCGUCUGGACUGUGCGGCGACACUUGCGACUUUAGCAGCAGCAACUCUAAUCGCUGGUUCAGUUUUUCAUUCGCUUCCGUCUAUGCAUCCCCGGCGACGGACGCUAUUCCGACGUGCGCACAUAUCUCAACGGUAAGAACACUAAACCUCUGCUACACAGAUCCAUGUUUAGGAUGAAGUGUAUUAUGUAGAAAAUUAUCUACCCCAUUUUCACAACGGUUCAUCUACUAGAUCUGUAAUUUGUAAUUAUAUCAUUUUAGACGUUUUUGCUGUUCUCGUUGGAUGUUUAUAGCUCAUGUGUAUUUCGAUCGCAAGAGUGUUGUGUAGAUCAGUAAGGAGUCGUCUUUUGAAAAAUGAAGUGACGAACGAAGUUUCCAAAACAACUGUAAAGUUUUACAAUGUAACCUGCACGAUAUCCAUUUUAUUCGGCAGAAGUAAAAAAUUCCCCCCAAAACUUGUCCACUUUCUAGUACACACACUACUACAGGUUACACACUCAAACAAACCUCUUUAUGUGUAAUUAUAUUAAUUUUUUUGUUUAGUUGAAUUAAAACAUUAUAUUUUAUAUACUGUGUAAUAUGGUAUGAUUUACCACUUUGGAUGCAUUGACUCGUGUCUUGCUGUUCUUUUAAUUUCCUAUGUGUGCUUAUCAAUAUUCCUUACUUCUCCGUGUCUCAAUUUAUUUCUAGUUGCUUGUUAGAAUGUGAUUUCUAGGCAUUUAUUGUCAUGCUGUUCCAAUCAUUUUACUAUUUAUAAAUCUUCUUGAUCAGUUGCGCUUUCCAAUUACACCAUCCUACUGCAUUAUAGGUAAUUGCACAUUGAAAAGGCUCCUGAAGUAUCUAAAAUCCUUUCAGAAGAAAAGUGAAGAAAACUUGCUGCUCCACCAGGGAAAAGUUCUGCAUGCCUUCUUGACAUUUCUGCAAUGUCAGGGUUGCUUAAUUCAUCUUUGAACGGAUCAACUUCAAACCUCUCGGACAAUUCUGGUCGCUCUUAUACGUCAUUCUCUGGUCAGUCUGGUGCAGCAUCCCCUGCUUAUCAUCAUUCGGGAAGUGUGCAGGGGCUGCACAAUAUUCAUGGGAGUUUCAACCUUCCCAGCAUGCAAGGUACACUUGGAUCAAGGAGCACUGGCAUAAACAUCCCUUCAAGCAAUGUACAGCAGUCUGGGAACAAUCUUUCUAGUGGCCGUUUUACAUCAAACAAUCUCCCAGUUGGCCUUUCACAACAGAUAUCUCAUGGAACUUCACAUGCUCAUACAGGGAUGACAAACAGAGGUGGUUUGAGUGUUGUGAGUAACACAGGGUAUAACAGUAACACAAAUGGAGUUGGUGGUUCCAUUCCUGGAAUCCUUCCAACCUCAGCUGCUAUUGGUAAUCGAACUUCUGUUCCCGGAAUUGGUGUAUCCCCAGUGCCUAGGAUGACAAGCUCAGUUGGAAACAUAGUUGGUGGGGGUAAUAUGGGAAGAAAUAUUAGCUCUGGUGUACUGUCAGUGCCAGGGAUUGGUUCUCGUUUGAAUUUGAGUGCCAGUAGUGGUUCUGGAAAUUUGAACAUUCAAGGACAGAAUAGGCUCAUGAGUGGCUCUCUUCAACAAGCUUCUCCACAGGUGAUGUCCAUGUUAGGAAACUCGUACCCUUCUGCUGGUGGCCCACUUUCUCAAAAUCAUAUGCAAGCAGUCAACAAUCUUAAUUCUAUGGGAAUGUUAAAUGAUAUAAAUUCAAAUGACGGUGCCCCUUUUGAUAUCAAUGACUUCCCUCAACUAUCCAGCCGUCCUAGUUCUGCUGGAGGUCCGCAAGGACAAAUAGGUUCAUUGCGAAAACAAGGCCUUGGUCCAAUUGUUCAGCAAAAUCAAGAGUUCAGCAUUCAAAAUGAAGAUUUUCCAGCUUUACCAGGAUUUAAGGGUGGUAAUACUGAUUAUGCUAUGGAUCUACACCAAAAAGAACAACUUCAUGACAAUUCUGUGCCUAUGAUGCAACAACAUUUUUCUAUGGGAAGAUCCGGUAGUUUUAACUUAGGAGGAACAUAUUCAUCACAUCGCCCACAGCAGCAUUCAUCAGUAGUGAGCAGUAGUGGUUUGUCAUUUCCAAACGUGAACAAUCAAGAUCUACUCCACUCACACGGCUCAGAUGUCUUUCAACCAUCACACUCAACGUAUCACCAGCAGGCGGUUGUGUCCUCUGGCCUAGGAUUGCGACCUCUUAACUCCCCAAAUUCUGCCUCUGGUAUUGGGUCUUCAUAUGAGCAGCUAAUCCAGCAAUAUCAGCAGCAGAGUCAACCCCACCAAUACCGAAUGCAACAGAUGUCUGCUGCAGGUCAGCCCUAUAGGGGUGACCAGGGCAUGAAACCCUUAGUUGCUCCAGAUCCAUAUGGCUUGCUUGGUUUGUUAAGUGUGAUAAGAAUGAGUGAUCCCAACCUCACUUCCCUUGCACUUGGGAUUGAUCUAACCACACUCGGGUUGAACUUGAACUCAGCUGAUAAUCUGCACAAAACAUUUGGUUCACCAUGGUCGGAUGAGCCCACCAAGGGUGACCCGGAGUUCAAUGUCCCUCAAUGUUAUUACGCCAAACAACCACCACCACUAAAUCAAGCAUACUUCACAAAGUUUCAGCUGGAUACGUUAUUCUAUAUAUUUUAUAGUAUGCCAAAAGAUGAGGCACAGCUAUAUGCGGCCAAUGAAUUGUACAACCGAAACUGGUUUUAUCAUAGGGAGCAUCGGUUGUGGUUUAUGAGAUUUAGUAACGUGGAGCUUCUUGUUAAGACUGCUACAUAUGAGAGAGGUUCAUAUAUUUGUUUUGACCCCAACACAUGGGAAACCGUCCGUAAGGAUAAUUUUGUGCUGCAUUACGAAAUGGUGGAAAAGAGACCACCACUUCCUCAACAUUAGCCUUCCGAUGUACUUGGGUGUAAAUAAUGUAACCGGGUAGUGUUUUUACCUGUAGUCGUCAAGUUUAUCCAAUUUUAAAAGGGAUUAAUAUUUUUACCAUCAUUCUAAUUUGGAUUUCAAUGUAGAUGCUGUAUCCGUUAUUUGAUACUCUCAACUGUUACUAGUCUAACAAUAUGAUUACAGAAAUUAGCACAGCGUUUUCAUACGCUUUAGUAUCCUCACCAUUUGUUCUCAUUGCAAUGAAAAUCCUGCACGUGCCCUA